UAUCGGACGCCUGCGGCCGUCACGGCGACCUUGCUGCGCUCCCAACCUCUUCUCCUCGGACUUUGUUCCGCUCUCCGAUCUAUUGCUUGCCCCAGGCGACAGAGAGAGUUGGCAGAUGGCGGCGAGGCUGCACCAGCUUCGAUCUAAGGCUGCCCAAGCCUCGGAGUUUGUGGCGAAGAACGGUUGCGCAUACUAUAAGGAGCUUCUGGAGAAGAACAAGCAGUAUAUUGUUCAACCACCUUCCGUCGAGAAGUGCCAAGAGUUGUCAAAGCAGCUCUUUUACACGCGUCUGGCAAGCAUUCCUGGUCGGUACGAAUCAUUCUGGAAGGAGAUUGAUGGCCUGAGGCACAUCUGGAGAAACAAAAAGGAUCUCAAAGUCGAGGAAGCCAGCAUAGCAGCAUUAUUUGGUCUCGAGCUGUACGCAUGGUCCUGUGUUGGUGAGAUAGUUGGACGAGGAUUCACCUUUACUGGCUACUACGUUUGAACCUUCUCAAUCGAAAGCCAGUUUGCUCGUCUGUCAAAUUUUUGAUUGUUGGAUGAUGAAUUUUUUCACCUUGAUUUUAAUUUUGCCCAUAAAUUAAUUAAGCUGGUAGUCAGCUAGACAGAUGUUGUUCCCUCAAUAAUUUGGAGGCUUGUUUUCUUCUUGUUACACAAAAUACGCUUGAUCCUACUCCUUCCUGUUCCAGAUUCAGAAACCUGUUUUGUACGAUCAGGUUGUAUAAACCAGUUACCAAUUCUUUCUUGGAAUUAUAUCAAUGAAUCAUGUUCCUGAUGCA